AUGACACCACCAAAGAAGGAAAAGACUUAUAGUCUAGAGACGGAACUAGUGCUUUCGAAAUCGGGAGACCAAUACAAUGCUUCAGUUCCUCCAUUAUACCAAUCCGCUACUUUUAAGCAACCCUCGCUUUCAAAUAUGGGUGCAUAUGACUAUACUCGUUCCGGUAACCCAACAAGGACACAUUUGCAAACACAUUUGGCCAAAAUUAUGAAAGCAAAGCAUGCAUUUGCCGUGUCCUCUGGAAUGGGAUGUCUUGAUGUUAUUACUAGGUUGUUGAAACCAGGUGAUGAAGUCAUUGCCGGCGACGACUUGUAUGGCGGUACACAUAGAUUACUUACAUAUUUAAACAAAAAGGGCGAUUUGAUAGCCCACCACUAUGAUACUACAAACACAGAGUUGAUAAAGCUGAAAAUCACCGAAAAGACAAGAAUGAUAUUUUUGGAAUCUCCCACAAACCCAUUAAUCAAAGUCGUUGAUGUCAAGAGUAUAGCAGAUUAUGGUCAUCUGGUUAAUCCAGAUUUAAUUGUUGUGUUUGAUAAUACCAUGAUGUCGCCAAUAUUCAUGACUCCUCUUGAUUUGGGAGUAGAUAUCCAAUACGAAUCAGCAACAAAAUAUCUCAAUGGUCAUCAUGAUAUCAUGGCUGGUGUCAUUGCCACUCGUUCAACCCCGCUUUCGGAACAAUUAUAUUACGUGAUCAACUCUACUGGUUGCGGAUUAUCACCCUUUGAUUGUUGGUUAUUGUCCAGAGGUUUAAAAACUCUUGCUGUGCGUAUUGAAAGACAGCAAGAUAAUUGUAUCAAGAUUGCCAAGUUUUUGGAGAAUAUAGGGUUUAAAGUAAGGUACCCUGGACUAAAAUCACAUCCACAGUAUGAGUUGCAUGCAUCCAUGUGUUCAGGGUUUGGGGCAGUAUUAUCUUUCGAAACAGGCUCUAUCAAAUUGAGUGAAAAGAUUGUGGAAAACACAGACAUUUUUGGUAUUGCCGUUUCUUUUGGAUGUGUGAACUCGUUAAUCUCAAUGCCUUGUAGAAUGUCGCAUGCUUCAAUAGAUGCAAAAACAAGAGAGGAAAGAGAAUUUCCUGAAGAUUUGAUUAGAUUAUGCAUUGGUAUAGAGAAUGUUGAUGACUUGAUUGACGAUUUGACCAAGGCAUUGUUAAAGAGUGGCGCUGUAAAAGUCAACUACAAGGAUGAAUUAUUCAAUGCAGUCGACUUGCAACCAAAACUUUAG